GACUGACCCCUUCUCCCUUAUCGCUUCUCGUCUCGACUGGAUCGACAUCAUUGCUAUGGAAGCACCCAGUGUCAGCCAGGAGACCUAUACUCUCCGCAAGCUGAUCAACAUUGGCGAUGUCGAUGCCUUUGGAAAGUGCACGGGUGCCUUUAAGACCUAUACUCUUAGUGGCUAUGUCCGUGUGCAGAGCGAGUCGGAUGAUAAUCUCAACUGUCUUGGAUGCAAGUCCCAGCUCCCCGUCCCAAUUGCCUAUUAUGUCUGUUGUUAUACCUGCGCUUUUGACAGCCGUUGUUCUGAUACUAUUGCUUUCGCUGUUGAGUCAAUCCUUGGCCCCGGAACAGCGACCGAUAGACACUAA